AUGAAAUUCGAAACAGACAUAAACGGCAGGUUCAAAUGCCCGACGUGCACCAGUUCGUACAAGCAAAAAGGACACCUAGUGCGACACAUAAAAUAUGAAUGCGGAGUGGAACCUCAAUUCAUGUGCGACAUUUGCUUCAGGAGGUUCAAGCAUAAAAGCAACCUGAAGGCGCAUUAUGGAAUAUGUCAUAAGAGAGGAGGGAGUGACAGUGGAGACGAAUGUAGAGGAGUUAUGAAGAUGACCAUUAACCUGGAUCACUUCUUCGAAUGA